CAGCUGAACUAUAUAAGUGCUUUCUUGGUCUCAACAUAUAGAGACAAGGAGGUAAAGAAGACAGACCACAACCGCUACAUAAUGUACAGGUCUUAACACAUAAAAAGCAAUAUGGCAGGUGCAAGCUUUGAGCAGGAGUUUCUGGAUACCCACAAUGCAUACAGGAGAAAGCAUGGCACCCCCAAACUGACCCUGAGCAGAGACCUGUGCAACUCUGCUCAGGAAUGGGCUGACCACUUGGUAGCAAUCAAUACCAUGCAGCACAGCAACACGAACAAUGGAGAGAACCUCUACUACACAUGGAGCUCUGCCCCCAAUACUCUAACGGGGAAGGAGGCUGUCGACAACUGGUACAGCGAGAUUAAAGACUACAACUUCAGCAAACCUGGAUUCGCCUCAAACACUAGCCAUUUCACCCAGGUGGUGUGGAAGGAGAGUACUGAGGUGGGGGUGGGCCUGGGGAUUAAUGGCGAGACUGUCUUUGUGGUAGGCCAGUACAACACAGCAGGAAACAUGAACAUGGAGGGAUACUUUAUAGAUAACGUCCUCCCUGAAGGUAACUGAAUGUCUAUUCAAAAUCAAUGAUCUACUCCUGAAUUGAUAACUAAGCCAGUCAUGUUCUGUUACAGUAACUGUAGUGUCAUGGGGUACAGUGUUGGUAUACAGUACAUGCUGCUCUUGCACGUUACCCCAGUUUACUAACCCCUCAUGUCAGCAGGCUCAUGCUUCACCAUUCUCUGCUGUCUCUUUCCAGUGUAAUAAAAGGCUGUGCAUUGUUAGGUGGUGGCGAGAAGAACAACUUUGGUUCAGACACAUCUACCCAACCACCUCGCUCCGAGGCAACAUGCACUGUGCUAUAGGAGCCAUAAUGAUCAGCCUUCUCCUGUCUGCAUGUCGACGGACCCUCAUCGUUGGUCAAAUUGGUCUGCAGCUGCUUCACUCCGUAACAGGCUUACCAAUCGACACAAACCAUUCCCAAUCACCUUCACUGUAAGAAAGACGUACAGUUUCAUGUAUUUUAAAUGAAAA